AUGGCUGAAGGAAACGUCAAACGGCUUGAGAAGCAACCCAAGCGUGACGAGGAAUCUGACAGAGAUGCCACAUCCCGAACAGCGCCCAAUCAGGUAAGCACGGUACUGAUGCAAGGAGUGUUGACAACGCCCAGGCCUUUAUGCGUCGAGGCGACGGAACGCGCAACUGGCGUACUUGGCGCCAAAUGUGGGAUGCUUAUGCCACGGUGUCCCGGAUAUACCCGGAUAUACGAACAAUCUGAGGAAUACCAACUAGCGACGUUUAUCAUGUGCCUGGGGGAGGCUGGUGUGGAGGUGUAUAACGCAUUAAGUUUCAAUAACGAGGCAGACAGACUCAGCCUGGCCACGGUCUUGUCAAAAAUGGAGCAACGUUUCAUUGGCACAAUGAAUGUUACGUAUGAGCCGUUUGUUUUCAGAACCAGGAUGCAAGGACAAGGAGAGACUUUUGAGCAGUACUUACUAGCCCUUCGCACUCUUGCCAAGACCUGUAAUUUCCAGGCAAUGUCAGAGGAUAUGAUCCGGGACCAAAUUGUCUGUGGAAUCACAAAGGAGUCCUUACGCAAGUCUUUGCUGGAACGAAAGGACCUGAGCCUGUCCGUCUGUAUUGAUAUAUGUCGAGCAGCAAAGCGAUCUGCACAGCAAUCGAAGGUUAUGGGUGGUCAUGAAGAUGUACACGUAAUGCGCCAGUCAGUCAGGCGCACAUCAGUGCCACAAGCAAAACCAAAGGCAAGCAAGAAAACAUGUGGAUACUGUGGGCAACAACAUGUGAAAGGAAAAUGCCCAGCUUAUGGCCACGAAUGCACAGCAUGUGGAAAGAAGAAUCACUAUGCUGGGGUGUGUCAAAGCACGAAAAGGACCACAGUCAACUGGACUGAGCAGGAGAGUGAUGAGGAAUCAGAACACCUGAUGACCCUAACACUAACGGAAGAGAUUAAUGCAGUGCAGCACUCAGUUUUCCCAAAACAGCUGUUUGCAUACAUGGAAGUGGAAGGCCAACGAGUGCGGUUUCAACUGGAUUUGGGUGCAUCAUGCAAUGUUAUUCGACGACAAGAUUUGGUACCCACAGUGGUCCUUGAGAAGACAAACCAAAUACUGUGCCUCUGCAACUGGAGUCAACUAAGACCAUUGGGCAAGUGUUUGGUCAAUAUGAACAACCCAAAAACAGGUAGAAAAUACAAAGCCAACUUUGUUGUUGUGGACGAUGCCUCCACAUCACUUUUGGGAGCUAGGUCGAUACAACAGAUGGAUCUGGUGAGGAUACAGCACGAGAACAUUAUGGCGGCAACCCUUCAAGCUUGGUGUCAGGACAACGUUGACAGUACAAAUACUCACAUGUCUGGUCAGAACAACGCAAUGCAGAAUCCACAGCUACAAGGAAACAAUCAGCCGGCCAGUCGUCGUGUCAUACCACGCGGAUCGGUCGAAUGGUGA